GAGGGGCCGGGAAGAGGGAGGAGGAGGAAGAGGAACCGACGGACGACGGCGGCUGUAGGUUGUUCGGUGGCGGCGGCUCCGGCUCUCUUACGGGCGCACUAUGGACAGCCAGGGCCGGAAGGUGGUGGUGUGCGACAACGGCACCGGGUUUGUGAAGUGUGGAUAUGCAGGCUCUAACUUUCCAGAACACAUCUUCCCAGCUUUGGUUGGAAGACCUAUUAUCAGAUCAACCACCAAAGUGGGAAACAUUGAAAUCAAGAAUAACAAAAAGAUGGAUCUUAUGGUUGGUGAUGAGGCAAGUGAAUUACGCUCAAUGUUAGAAGUUAAUUACCCAAUGGAAAAUGGCAUAGUACGAAAUUGGGAUGACAUGAAACACCUGUGGGACUAUACAUUUGGACCAGAGAAACUUAACAUAGAUACCAGGAAUUGUAAAAUCUUGCUCACAGAACCUCCUAUGAACCCAACCAAAAACAGAGAGAAGAUUGUAGAGGUAAUGUUUGAAACUUACCAGUUUUCUGGAGUGUAUGUAGCCAUCCAGGCAGUUUUGACUUUGUAUGCUCAAGGUUUAUUAACUGGAGUAGUGGUGGACUCUGGAGAUGGUGUGACUCACAUUUGCCCAGUGUAUGAAGGCUUUUCUCUCCCUCACCUUACCAGGAGACUGGAUAUUGCUGGGAGGGAUAUUACCAGGUAUCUUAUAAAGCUGCUUCUGUUGCGGGGCUACGCCUUCAACCAUUCUGCUGAUUUUGAAACGGUUCGCAUGAUUAAAGAAAAAUUGUGUUAUGUGGGGUAUAAUAUUGAGCAAGAGCAGAAACUGGCCUUAGAAACCACAGUAUUAGUUGAAUCUUACACACUCCCAGAUGGCCGCAUUAUCAAAGUUGGGGGAGAGAGAUUUGAAGCACCAGAAGCUUUGUUUCAGCCUCACUUGAUCAAUGUUGAGGGAGUAGGUGUUGCUGAAUUGCUUUUUAACACAAUCCAGGCAGCUGACAUCGAUACCAGAUCUGAAUUCUAUAAGCACAUUGUGCUUUCUGGAGGGUCUACUAUGUACCCUGGGCUGCCAUCACGGUUGGAACGAGAGCUUAAACAGCUUUACUUAGAACGAGUGUUGAAGGGAGAUGUGGAAAAACUUUCUAAAUUCAAGAUCCGCAUUGAAGACCCACCCCGCAGAAAGCACAUGGUAUUCCUGGGUGGCGCAGUUCUAGCAGACAUCAUGAAGGACAAAGACAACUUCUGGAUGACCCGACAGGAAUACCAAGAAAAGGGUGUUCGUGUGCUGGAGAAACUUGGGGUGACUGUUCGAUAAACUGCGAAGCUGGUUCCCAUCACGCCCCCAAUGCUUUCUUUUUUCCUUUAUUGCCAAUCUUUGAACUCAUUCAACUCCAGGACAUGGAUGAGGCCUCUCUGUGCCCUUUGACUGGAAAGGUCAAGUUUUAUUCUGGUGUCUUGCAGAAGUUUUGUUAAAUUUGUGUUGAUGUGGGUAAAUCUGACUGCUUAAUUCCACCACUUCCCUGCAAACAGAAGAGGGCCAGGGUCCUGUCUGCUGCUCUGUUUCUCCUAAGUAGGCAUUUAGAUCAUUCCCGUAGCCUUCCUAUUUUCACUUUCCUGUUCUAAUGCUGCUAGUUUUUAGUCUUUAGCACACUAGAUGGUAUGCCUUUGUUAGCAUAAGAAAAAACAACUUCCACAGGAGCUUUUAUGUGUUAUUGGGGUGGGGUGGUGAGGGCUGAGUAGGCAGCUGCUGAACCCUUUGUGGUGUUUCCCCUGUGGUGUGGCGCUUUCUACGUUACUGCUGCAGCUUUAAGUACCUUAAAGCUUCUGGUAUUAACAUUUUAGGGAAAUGGUAGGCUCAGAACUAAAGUGUUUGGGGUGGGGUUUUGCGUGGAGGAAAGGGGAGGGUUUGAUUUUAAUUUUUUGAUUUUUGAGCUUUUCUGCUCUGGGGUACGUAAGAUGAACUUUAUUUACAAUACUUUGAUUUGGCAGGUUUUCUUCUACUUUUGGUCUGCCUGGAACUGUUUCCAUAUGCUGUAAAAAGCAAGUGUAGUGUCCCAUUAUUAUGUAUUUGUAUUUUAAAAUCAACCGUAUCAGCUGGGACUAGACUCCCUAGAAUCUACCAAUGGAAAAGUAACAUUGAAAAAAAGCUUUUGGAAAUUCAAAUUACAGACAAAAAGUGCUUAAGAGCUGGUAUUUUUCUAAGUGCUUCUAUUAAUACCAGAAGCAUUAAGGUAACCCAGUGCCAAGUACCAUUCUUGCAAAAUUCUUUUAUAUAACCGACCAGUGCUUAUUUAAUAAAAACAAGUAGAUACAUAUAAAUAAUUACUGGCAGUAGGUUAUAAUUAUUGGGUUAAAAAUAACAUUGAAAUAUGGGACUUGUGCCAGUUGGGUAAUUUUCACUAGGUUUUUUUUGUUGCUAUGUUUUCAUUUAAAACCUGGAAGUGGAGUAAAAUUUGACUAUUUAAAAUGUUGGCCAAAAAAAAAAUCAAGAUUUAAAUGCAUAUUUGUACUGAAAAACUAAUCAUAACUACUAAAUCUCAGCCAUCUUAAGCAUGAAAGAAGAGUUGUUGGUAUUUUGUAAAUGUUAGCCGACUUACCUGUCAGAAAACCAUAUUUAUGAAUCCUGUCGGUAUUGCUUGGUAUCUGAAAAAAUAUCAAAUAGUACCUAGACUUGAAUUCCUUCUAAAUUUGAAAAAUAAAGUAAUAAGAAAUUGUAUCACUCUAAGUACAAAAUGAAAAUUCUGGAGAAAAAUGUUUUUCUUCAUUUCAAAACAUUCUUUACUAAUAACGACUUUGAAAGAAGAAGCGUACUUUUUUGGGUGACUGAAAUUGGAGAAAUUAUCGGCUAUAGCAUCUCUAUUUUUG